AUAAUGUUUAUCCAUUCCGAUUGACUCCAAACUCUUACACAACUCCCUACCUUUCCUACAAAAUUGUUGCUGGCUACAGCUGCUGCAUCUAUUUACGAUACACACUCUUGUUCGCAGUCCUGCAUUGUCUGCAUUGCAAACAAUUGUGUCAUUCCAUCCACUUGCAGGUUGCGUCGAGCCAUUAGUAUAAGUGCAAGAACCUUCGCUUUCACUCUUUAACUGUCUCCACUAUUUGAUAGCUUAAGGUGUCGCAAUGGCGUCGACGUUGGGCUCAGCAGUCCCUCCAUUCACCCCUCACGCGAUCUCCGUUUCAUUGCCGACUUGGAAAGAUACUGUUGGGUACGAAACGGGCGAGAAACGGGUGGUUGAUGCCAUGGUAUCUGGUUAUCCUCGCUUCUUCCUCCAUCUCGCGAUUCAAAAACUCGCCAGGGUCUGUGAACUGAAGUUCGGCACACCAGGCGAACUCUGCAUGUUAUUCCCUACACGCAAGAUUGCGGAGGCCUGCAGGAAUUUCAUGGUGGAUCGAUCAUCUCAAUCUGGGAAGCCGGUUCCAGUACGGCUUGUUCAGUACGUGAUCUGCCCAGAGGACAGCUCUUCAGGGAAAUCUUGCGCUGAACUGCACAUCGUACUCUUCCCUGGAGAUGCUUUCCCCCUUGCAAAACAAUUCUGGCAACACACAGGUCUCGGCGUUUCCAGUCGCUUGGCGGAACGAUGUCUUUCCAUGCUUCCCUCCGAGGAACCAAAACCAUCGUCACCAACCUCACCCCGACUUCCACUCAAGGCAAGCAAUAGGCAUUACUCUGCAAAACCUUCUUGGUCUUCUCCUGCCGUUAAUCCGGUGGAAGAUUUGGACAAAGAUCAUUCGACGUACUUGGAAGAGCGCUAUGGGCGCAACCUUCCUCAGGGUGCCGCGGCCGGAGCUAAGCGCGCCAUGAGGAGACGUAUUGCUGGAGUUCUCGUCCACGACACACCGAAUGAUUGGUGUCAGGCCGGGAAGCACGACACUGAAGUUGGACCGAGUACGAGAGGGAUCAAGGAAGUCUCAGAGGAUGACGUCUACCUCUUUCCAACUGGUAUGGCUGCUAUUUGGAAUGCGCAUCAGCUGGUGCUUGGUGUUAGACCUUUGGCAAAGAGUGUAUGCUUCGGGUUCCCGUACACAGACACUUUGAAGAUAUUGGAGAAAUGGGGUCCAGGCUGUUUCUUCCUAGGCAAUGGAAUAGAUCAAGAAAUUGACGAGCUCGAAAGGAUACUCGAGCAGGAGUCUGCCGAACAUCCCGAUCGACCUCCAAUCCUUGCUCUCUUCACUGAGUUCCCAUCGAACCCACUCCUUCGAUGCGCCGAUUUACCUCGCCUUCGUGCGCUUGCAGACCAAUAUGACUUCCUCAUUGUCGUCGAUGAAACGCUUGGAAACUUCGUGAACGUGGAGGUUCUUCCAUACUCUGAUGUCGUUGUCAGCAGUUUGUCAAAAGUCUUUAGUGGUGACGCCAACGCCAUGGGUGGCAGUCUCGUUCUCAAUCCCAAGGGACGCCAUUACUCUGCUCUGAAAGAACAUAUCACAAAGACUUUCGAAGACACUUUCUUCGACGAAGAUGCCAUCUACAUGGAACGUAACUCUCGGGAUUUCCGUCGGCGCAUUCGUGUCAUUGACCAGAACACAGAAGCCGUCUGCGAUUUCCUUCGCUCUCGAUCCCUCGCAUUUUCCCCAUCCUCGACCGACGUCGUCAUCAAGGAGAUCUUUUAUCCAAAGUACACUACACCCGAACAUUACAAUCGUUGUAAAGUAUCCGACCCUGAAGCAGGCUAUGGAGGACUAUUCUCGUUGACAUUUGUCACUCAAGAAGCAGCACGAGCGUUCUUUGAUACCCUUUCAUGUUACAAAGGGCCUAGUCUUGGAACAAACUUCACUCUGGCUUGUCCAUAUGCCAUCUUAGCGCAUUACGUGGAGUUGGAUUGGGCGGCAAAGUACGGGAUCGAGGAAAGCCUAGUGAGAGUUAGCAUUGGAAUGGAAGGCAGACAGGCUUUGCUCGAAGAUUUCGACAAGGCUUUGAAGGCUGCGGAGGCUACGCUUUCUAACUCAGAUGCUUGAGUGUGUCGAGUUGUUAUCUUGGAUGAGAUUGCGGAAUGUAUGUAAAAUAUCCAGGCCAGCUGCUUUCAGUCGUGACAUAGAGGAACAUGUAUGUAGAUGACAGUCCCAAGAAUGCGACAAUAAUUACUUAAUCGGAGAGAUUAAUGGGCCAACUGCUCAUGUUUUGUUAUGAAC